AUGUCUUACCAACAGCAGCAGUGCAAGCAGCCUUGCCAGCUUCCUCCUGUGUGCCCAACUCCCAAGUGUCCUGAGCCUUGUCCUCCAAAGUGCCCUGAGCCUUGUCCCCCUCCUGUGUGCCCAAUCCCAAAGUGCCCAGAGCCCUGUCCUCCUCCAAAGUGCCCAGAGCCUUGUCCUCCGCCAAAGUGCCCUGAGCCUUGUUUUGAGCCAUGUCCCCCUCCCUCAUACCAGCAGAAAUGCCCUCCUGUACAACCUCCUCCACCAUGCCAGCAGAAGUGCCCACCCGAGAGCAAGUGA